GUAGGAUUUGAAUUGAUUGUUUAGUACGUAGUAAUUCCCGACAGGGAUAGCUAGCACAUUCGUGAUAUCCUGGCUGUAGAGGUAUGGAUUAAAUUGAUUGGCAUCUGUGAAUUAAUAUGGAUAGGAUAGGUAGUGAAUCCCGGUGUUUCUCCCAGAGCUUUCUCCCAUUGAUUUAAACCCGACACUUUAAUUUGCUUGUUUAGUUAAUUUUGCUAGUAGUUAAUAAUCUCAUUAAAUCUUUUUCACCUAUAGUUUGCUCUAUUAAAUCGGUAAAUCUUAAGGUUGUACCAGUCCCUGAGAGACGAUACCCGGACUUUCCGGUUUACUACGAGAUAGGAUUAAGGCAUACGCUUUUGCCCUAUCAAGUUUUUGGCGCCGUUGCCGGGGACUGCCAUACCUUAUUUUUUGUUGAUUUUUGUGAGUGAACUAUUUUGAUCUGUGUGCUAGUGUGCAGGUGAAUUUCAGGUUAAUCCUUUUUGUGCAUGCCUAGGAGGACAACCAGGGAUUUAUUGCCACUAGACCUAGAGAUCGAGAAGACCUGUCGACUGAACAGGAAGCAGGUCAAGUUAGGGAAGCAGCCAACCACAACUCCUAGGCCUUCCCUAACCCAGAGAGGGCAGGCUUCAUCACCUGUCGUCCCUACACCACCACCACCACCUCGUGACAUUGAGCCAGUCAUCAUGGCAGACGAGGAUCGUUCGAUCAGGGCUCGUUUAAAUCGACGGACUGGAGCCCGGGCUUCAUGUGUUUUCAUUCCGGCUGGGGAUGCAACCAUGGAGAUUACCCCAGCAUUUAUCAACAUGAUCACCAAUGGGUAUACUUUCUCUGGGGCUAGCAAUGAGGAUCCUCACGAGCAUCUCCGCCGGUUCGCGAGUAUAUGUGAUACAAUGAAGAGCCCCACAGUAUCUGAUGAUGCAAUCCGUCUUCGGAUGUUCUCAUUUUCUCUGCUAGGGAAUGCAUCACACUGGUUCCAAAACUUAACACCCCGUUCCAUCACGACAUGGAGUCAGCUUGAGAAGGUAUUUCUGGAUAAAUACUUCCCACCUGCCUUGGCAAUGAAGAGGCAAGAAGAGAUUGUUACUUUUAAGCAGGCUGAUGAUGAGAGUCUGACUGAGGCAUGGGAGCGCUACAAAGGGCUGUUGAUGAGAUGCCCAAGCCAUGGUCUUGAAGAUUGGAACGUGAUCAUUAUUUUCUUCAAUGGAAUCAGAAGGGAGUUUCGGGAUGCUCUGAAUAAUGCUUCCCGAAAUGGUUUCACAAGAAUGGAAGCACCAGAAGCAUAUGAACUGGUGGAGAAGAUAUGCUCUGAAGAUACUGAAUGGGGUAGUGAGACCGGCAUUCGAAGGAGAGGAGGCUUGCAUGAGAUAGACAGAGUGGCAAGCUUAGAAGCAAAGAUUGAUGCUAAGUUGGAUUCCAAGUUCGAUGCACUCGAACGAAGGCUGGCUAAGAUGGCUCUUGGUAGACAGGAGGAGGUUGCUUUUUGUGAAUUAUGUGAAGGUGUUCAUCAUAGGGAUCUAUGUCCACUGGUGGCUGAUCAGUUGGAAGAUGUGCACUAUAUCAACAAUCAGCGAAAUCAAGGCCAGGGUGGUAUGUAUUCAAAUACCUACAACCCGCAAUGGAGAAAGCAUCCUAACUUUUCCUGGGCGAACAACAACCCAACUGGUGUUCGAAACAUCCCACCUCCUGGUUUUCAACAGCAGAAGCCUCAACCAGAGAAGAAGCCCCAGCUGGAGGAGUUGAUUUUGGCUCAUAUGCAGAAAACAGACAAUAAUUUCAAGGGCCUGGAUCAAUUUGUCACUCAACAGCUAGCCAUCAACAAUAAUUUACAAUCGUCUAUGCUAGCUAUGGAGAGGCAGAUGGGACAAAUGGCUCAAACUUUGGCAGAUAUGAAAGCCAGGAUUCCUGGGACAUUACCAGCAAAUACUGAGAGGAAUUCGAAGGAUGCCAUGGUUGUAGCAGUGACAUUGAGGAGUGGAAAGGCCUUGGAAGACCCUAGCAGCUCGAAAAAGGCACCAGAGGCAGAAGAGGAAGCAUCGGGAGAAAGAUCUUGUGCAGAAAAUGAAGAAUCAGCCUUGCACAGGCAAAAUGAAAGCAGUUUGCCUGUGCAAAAGCAUGCUGCCCGUGUACCUCAAAAAGUGGAAAAAUUGAAGAAUGAAGAGGUAAAGCCUUAUGAACCUCCCGCACCAUUCCCUCAAAGGUUAAUGAAGCCCAUGGAAGACCCAAACUUCAAGAAAUUUGUGAAUAUCUUCAAGCCUCUUCAGAUUAACAUACCCUUGGCGGAGGCACUUGAACAGAUGCCUACAUAUGCUAAAUUCUUAAGGGAGUUGCUGACAAAGAAGCGGAAAUGGGCUGAUCUGGAGAAGGUAACCCUUACUUCUGAAUGUAGUGCUGUGAUUCAGAAUAAAUUACCAGAAAAGAGGGAUGAUCCGGGCAGCUUCACCAUUCCAUGUGUCAUUGGAGGUACAGAAUUCAAUAAAUCACUUUGUGAUCUUGGAGCAGGAAUUAAUUUGAUGCCAUACUCAGUCUACAAGAAAUUGGGAUUGGGAGAUGUUCUAAAGCCUACUCGGAUCACUCUCCAAUUGGCUGAUCGAUCAGUGAAAAUUCCAAAAGGAGUGGUGGAGAAUGUAUUGGUGAAGGUGGGAAAGUUUAUUCUCCCAACAGAUUUUGUAAUCCUGGAGAUGGAAGAUGAUCGGGGAGUGCCUCUAAUCCUCGACAGACCUUUUCUAGCAACCGGUGAUGCACUCAUCGAUGUUGGGAGAGGCAAGUUGACAUUCCGAGUAGGUAAGGAGGAGGAAAUUUUUAAUGUCUUUCAAGUUGACCAUAAUCAUGAUGAAUUUGAAAGUGAAGCUCGAGAAAGGAAAAAUCCCUCUUCCUGUGAUAGUGGACCAUCCGAAGAACUAUCACCUAUCCUAUCUGCUCAGAUUCUGAAAUCAAGGCAAGGGCAGAAAUCCUUGCCAGGUCACCUCAAGUAUAGAUAUUUGGGUAAGGAUUUCAAUAUUCCUGUUAUUAUUCCUUCUUCACUAACAUUGAAACAGGAAGAGUACUUGCUUGAGGCGCUGCAAUACCACCUACGCCUCACUAAAGGGUCCAACAUGUCAGCUAAGAAGGUCAUACCCAAUUUUCGCACACCUGGUCCUGCAGAGGUGACUCAUAUGUUGGAUGGAGGUUAUGCGUUCUAUCAUUGCUCGGGAGGGUAUGCUGGAUACCUUUCCAUACCCAUUGGUUGAAAGCUCCAUGAACGUCAGGCUGAGGACGUUAAACAAGCGCUUCUUGGGAGGCAACCCAAGGUAAGUUUUCUUUUCUUUAUUUUUCUUUUUAGUUGUGUCAAACCCGUGCAUGUUUAGAGUAGGAGUUGAACAUUAGGGACAAUGUUCCAUCCUGAGUGUGGGGUGGCGAGUCUUAGUGUUGUUUGUCCCUGUUGCAUGUGGUAAAAAAAAAAAUAGUAUCUUCCGCAGUUUAAUCAACAGUAGAACAACCA